CUUCAGAGCCGCUAACAUACAGCUCACGUUGAUUGGUGAGACGCCUGUCACAUGACCAGGCCCGCCCAAAGAGCAAGUCUGAGAAAAGACCGCGGGGGAAGAAACAUGAUGUCUGUAUUUCAUCAGCUGGCACAGCAAAUGGAAGAUGUAUCUGGAGACAGAGGGGUGCUGAAAGAAGUGAUUCGGCCCGGAAAAGGAGGGAAGGUUCCCUGUGAUGCAACAGUAAUACUCAAGUACUCUGGUUACUUGGAACAUGCUGACAAACCAUUUGACACAAGUUGCUACAGACGUCACCCCAAAAUGAUGAAGUUAGGUGAAGAUAUCACCCUUUCUGGAAUGGAGAUUGGACUGCUGACAAUGCAGCGUGGAGAGUUAUCAAGGUUUCUCUUCUCACCGAAAUAUGCCUAUGGCACACUGGGCUGUUCUCCUCUCAUCCCACCCUCAGCCACUGUCCUUUUUGAAAUAGAGUUGUUGGACUUCCUAGACACCGCAGAAUCCGAUUUGUUUUGCGCCCUGAGUCCGGAAGUGCAGGCAACAUUUUCUCUGGAUAAGAUUAUUAAAAUUGCCGGAACAGAAAGAGAGUUUGGGAAUUACCUUUUCAAGAGAAACAGAUUUUAUGAUGCUAGAGACAGGUACAAACGGGCAUCCUCAGUGCUGUCUUGCAAAGCUUCGUGUGAAGAAGAAAGGAAGCUGUUGGAAGCAGCUCAGUUGUUUGUAGCACUGAAUCUAUCACUUACCUACCUAAAGUUGGAGCGCCCCUCUCGUGCACUGAAAUGGGGUGAGAAGGCUCUUUCUAUAGAUAACAGGAACACAAAAGCUUUGUUUCGAUGUGGACUGGCAUGUCUGGAGAUGAGGGAGUAUGACAAGGCUCGUAACUACCUGUUAAAAGCUCAGUGGUUGGAACCCUAUAAUCCUGAAAUAAACAAUGAACUGAAGAGGCUUUCAAGUUGUUACCAGGAUUACAUGGAUAAAGAGCGGGAGAUGUGCUUCCUGAUGUUUCGUUCACUGUCCAUGCGACAUUGAUGGCUCCAUGUUCCAUGCUAUAAUGAAGGAAAAAGCUUCAUUGGUAAAGAACAGGACUUUGCUUGUCAGGAAACAAGGAGACAACUACCUGAAGACACCAUUGCAGUUUGUGGAUUAUAUAUAUAUGCUGAGGUUUCCUAUAAACCUAAGUUCAAGUUUUUGGGUUUUUUUUUCCUUAUAGAGCCAUUGUUAGUUAAUUCUGUUUAUAAUAUAUACCAAACUGAUCUUUAUAACUUAAUAUCGCAUAACAUUUUACAUCCUUUUCUUGUUUUGCAUUUACACCAUACACGGGGGAUCUUUUAGUGAUUUCUGGGGUUUUGGGGUUUUUUUGUAAGUUUUGAUAGAAUAACAAAUCUUUGUCUUUGUUUAUUUUCUAAUGGUCAGUGCGGGCUUGUGACCCUAGAUGCAGCUGCAAGAGCUCCAGCUGUUGCACCCCGAAGCCCCAUUAAGCAGGAAUUGAGGUUCACCAAUGAUAUUACUAUCAUGCUAACCCUGUAUGUCACUGGCUCUAUCUCAGUAAUGUAUUGAGCUACAUGUUAACCAGUUGCAAUGAUUUCUUGUAGUUUGGGAUUGUUCGGUUUUCUAAUGAUUGCUCUAUGCUCAUAAUAGGGCACCUGUCUUCUGUAAAGCAUUGUUAAUGUUUACAUCA